GUAAACCCGGAAGCUAGAAGACUUUUUGGCAUAUGCGACAAAAACAGCAAUUCUCAUUGGAAUGAAUAGGCGCAAUUUUGGGGUCCCGUAUCCAUAUUUAAUAACACACCCAUGUCUACAACGGGAAGCUAAUAAUUUUGGUUGGUAAACAAGGGAUACACAUACAUCUAUGGGAUACACCAAGUGCAGUUCUUCUUUCACUAUCCAUGUUGGAAAAGAAUGAAUGACCUUAACGUUUUGGAGGGGAUUUAACAUGAGAAAGCUGCAUUUUAUAGCUACAUGCAUUACUAGAAUAAUUACAUAAUAUAAUUAUAAUAUAUAUUUUAUUCCAUUAUCUGUAAACAAUAUGACAUCACCAUAGCAACAUAUCGUCAUGCGUGUUUCGUUUUGCUGUCCUGCCAUUCCAUCGGACUUUUGGUUUUUAUAGUGCCUUCUGUCUGCCGUCUGCCUGAAUCCUAUAUCCAUGUGGAUGCAGCCUAAUUGUACUGCAGGAGUAGGGGCGGGGCUUGGCAGCCUGAGAGUCCAAACUCUGGGCAACAAAAUUUACUCUUUCCUACCUGCUGCUGGUGGUCAGCCUUGUUAAUGAAUAAACUACUCAGCUGCUGCUGUGCUAAACUAACACAGCAACCCGGAAAAUACACACCGCUGGAGAGAAAUACUGUAUGUGCGGCUUUCUGGAAUGAAAACAACUAUACUUUAGGUUUCAGAAACAUAAGCCGCAGUUGUCACCACCGGGACUUAUGUUUUUGACACAGACACCCCACAAAACGACACCGAGGAUCAAACUAGUUUAAUCCACAAGCUAAACUUAACCUCUGACCGUGUUGUGGAGAGAUACAGACUAGUAGCAAGGGACUUUUUAGCGGGUUAAUACCUGGAGAUGGACCGAUACAGGUACUUCAUUUUCAACCAGAAGAGCGUGCUUAUCCUCGGCAUCCUGCAGAUGGCUUGUGCGGGUCUUUGUGUGGUGUGUGGGUUCAUGGACGCUGUUUUCCGCAAGGAUACCACGCUGAGUACCACCAGGACACCGGUAUGGGGAGGACUGAUCAUGGCCUCUCCAGGUGUUGUGGCACAGUUUGCCUCCCAAAGGAAAAAUUCAAUGCUGGUGAGUGUGAUGGUGCUAGCAGCAGGACUUUCCUGUGUGGCUGCAGUGUUUACAUCAGGCUACUCCUGUCUUACACUCACCUACGGAGAGGAUGAUGAAGAGGUCUUCCACCACCACGACAGUCCUCAAGUGACGUUUGUGCUUCAUCGGAUGGUGAAGGGGGCCAACGCCACCAUACUGCUGACCUGCAUAAUCAGCCUGGUUCUCUCCUCUCUCAUCGCCUAUGUGGGUUGCCGUAGUCUUCCCUGCUGUGGCUGCUAUGAUGUCAGAACUGGAUUGGAGACACUGGUUCCUCAGUGUGACCCUGGGGACACUGAGAUGGUUUGUACUUGGCAAGGUGGUGAUGACAGGCUUUUCAACUCUCCAGCUCAGUCCACCGUGGAAGAGGAGGGUCCCUCCAAACUGCCUCCAUACAGCAGGCUGACCUGACACCCACAUUAGAGAGACUGGUCCUACACAUCCCUAUUUGUUUUCUCCACAGAGAAGAGGAGGAUCUCAAGACGCAGCUGAAGCUGAAGAUGUCAAAUUGGACGAUUGUAAAGAGAGACAUAAAAGUAAUUUGGACUGUGGAAGUGUCUUCAUUUGCUCUAAGAUUUCUGUAGCCAAACUCAUUUAAACCUUGCCAAAGCUGAAUACCUGUAUAUGUGACAUGUCAAGACUGAAAUGCCUAAUACCCUAUAUGCUGUGUGAAAGUGAGUUUUGUUCUCAAUAUUUUAUGUGUAUUUAAUGAAUAAAACCUGACUGAUCUGUU